UUAUUCGCAAAUUUGAUAAAUUGAUAAGAAAAAUUUUUCAUCUUUUCAUCAAAAAUACUCAAAUUUUUGCCAAAAAGAAUUAGGAAAUAAGUAAUCCUGUGCUCGAAACUAUGAAAAUACUUUCAUUUUCUUACUCGGAAGUUUACAAAUAAUUGUUUCAAUGAGAUCUUCUGUCAGUGUAAUUUUAUCUAGUCCCACUCCCGAUCCGAAUAUGUCACGUCCGGAUUUCGAUCAAACAAUUCACGAUCAUGCUGCCAUUCUUAUACUAGUGCGACAUUUAGGAGAAGAAUUAUCUACUAAGUAUUUCAAUCAGAUUUUUGACCGGAUCGUUAAACUUUCAUACGUAAAAGUGAAGGAAAAUAAUGGCAACGAGAGAACUAUUUGGGCUCGUUACGUUAAGGAGUAUCCGGUCGGUAAUAACGACUGGGGUGAUUUCCAAACACAUCGAAGAUUACUUGGAUUAAUUACUCUUGGUAAAAGUAAAACAGAGGUCGAAUUCAACGAAAUAUGUCGCGUUCACGAAUCACUAAAAGUCAAAUAUCAAUCCACGUUAUACGAUUCUCGAUGUAUAAUAUUCAACGCGAAUACCGACGAAACAUUGCAGAUCACCCCUCCUUCAAAUUUCCGUUCUCAAGCUAUUUAUUACGCAUCCGAAACAGAUCCUAACGUUGAACUAGAAAACCAAGUGACUGAAUUUUUAUCAUCUUUGUUCUGGAUUUUGGAAUCAAAAAGAAUGGAAAGAAGUCGAGAAAAGAUUGAAAAAGCGUCUUUACUAUUGGCACCGUUUGAGAAAAAAGAUAUCGUAGGACUGGAUAUGAAAUCACACACUAAUCGCAAACGUUGCGCAGGACGUUUAACUAAGCACCUGGGAGAUCUCUCGUUGCAAGCUGGUUUAGUCAACGAAGCGUUGACAUUUUAUCAUUCGGCCAUUGAUACGUUAAGAUCAUCUCAAGAUUGGCUCUGGAUUGGAAGUUGUGCUGAAGGAUUAUGUGCUGCAUCAGCAUUAUUUCUGUUUCCGAGAUUGGAAAAUACUUCGCCCCUUCAUAGAAAUGCUUCCUUACAGGAAAGAAACGUUCGUCAAAGGCCGGCUUCAGCGAGUCAAAGUUCACCUGAGAAGAUAUUGAAAAUGCAACUCGCCAUUCCUCGUAACGUGCUAACUACCGACGAGAUUUAUAAAAAUUAUCGCGAAGCUAUUGUCCAUUAUAGCAAGUAUCAGAAUGCCGGCGUAAUUGAGACUGAAGCGAGCUUCAAAGGGGCUCGUAUCGCUGUCAAAUGUAAUGCUGCGUUACAAGCUCAUCAUUUUUUACAGAAUAUUAUCUAUAUUAAUUUAACGCUGAACGAAGACGAAAGGAUACAAAGAUGGAUGACUAUGUCGAAAUUAUACACGAACAUUGGAUUCCAAAGAAAAGCUGCGUUUUAUCGUCGACUUACUGCUACUCGUUACGUAUCAGCUAAAAACCCUCAAACUAAUUGGGAACAAUGUUAUCAGCUCAUGUUGCAGUCAUUACCAGGGUAUAAUUUAAGUCUAGAUCCCGAUGAAUAUGCAGCUGAUGAUUCCACCGGUUGGCCUAGACUUCAGAGACAAGUUUUACACGAUUUAGUAGUCGCUGCUAAAAGACUUAGUAAUAAUGGUUUAGCAACUCGUCAUAUGACAUUUUUGUUACAAACCAUGUGGUAUCAUAUGACGCCCAAUGAGCGACUAGAUGGAGCCUUGCAGUUGAAAAAUUUGGCCGAUCUUUGCGAAGGUUCUCCGGUGCCUCUUAUAUUGGACAAUGGUUUCGUAAUACCACCGGCUAAUCUGUUGAAUGUGCCUCAGCCUUUGAAUUUUGUUGUACAAAAUUUGAAACCUCAUUUGAGACCACAUAAGUUACAAAAAGUAAAAGAAGAUUACGGGCCAUUUCUAUUCACUCCUUUGAAUCUUGGAUCAUUAGAUCGAAAGAAAGUGAAAAACGAUAAUAAAUUAGAAUAUCUUUGGGUGGCAGAGGAAGUUUGCGAGGUGAUUCUAGAGAUCAGUAAUCCUCUUCCGAUUGACUUGGAUGUUACGAAUAUCUUACUCUUGGCGUCUGGAGUUGUAUUUGAAAGUAUUCCUGUGAGUGUAGUUUUACCUGGAGGUAUUUCGAAUCAGAGUGUCAUAUUAACUGGUAUUCCGAAAGAAUCUGGUGAAUUGGAAAUAAGAGGUUAUUCAACUCAUACCUUGGGAGUGAAAUCGAACUGCAGAUUACGUUAUAUACCGAAUAUACCUCAGACAUUAUUUUCUUUAGAAGUUAUUCCAUCAUUACCAACGUUGCAGUUAUCAGCUUCUUCGGAUGCUGCAGGAAUCGAACAAACUUCCACUGCAACAAUUAUUUUGUAUGCUGGAGAAAAAUCGGAUUGUAACAUACAGUUUAAAAACACCGGAGCAAUUCCAAUAGAAUUUUUAGAAGUGAACGUCGAAUCUUUAUUAGAGCCUAAUCUACAAAAACAAAUUUUCCAAUGGAACGAUCAAGAGCUUCAAGAACAACUACCUCUGGCACCUGGUGCUACUGUUAGUCUUCCUUUGCAUUUAUAUGGAGCUGCCAAUUUCCUCGCUCAUUUAUCUACCUUACAAGAAACUGGCAGUUUGAAAAGCAGUAUGUUAUCGGGGCCUAGUUCAUUUCCAUCGUUGUCCAGUCCUAAACCUAAUUCUUAUGAUAAAAAUAUGCUCUCUGCUUCAACGUUUUCAUUCAGGUCAAUGGGCAGUAGUAUGAAUUCAUAUUCUUCGCAAUUUAAGAAUAUUCAAGACACUAAUUCGAAAGUGCUUGAAUGCCAUGUAAAAGUACGUUAUUCCGGUGGUCCUGGAUGUAAAGCUGGGUAUUGUCGGACGUGUUCAAUAGUACUUUAUGUUGAAAUUGUGAACUCUAUACUGAUCACUAAUUGGGAUGUGUUACCAGCUGAAACGAGUUCUCAAUUCUAUCUUGUAUUAGAUGUAAUGAAUUUAACCAAUCGGGAAGUAGAAUUGAACUACACACCUUCAAAAUUAAUUCAAAUCGAAGAAGGUGAAACGUGUAGGAUACCUAUACCCAUCGAUCGGUGCCCUAUUUCAGCAUUCGAACAAAUAUUCAAGAAUAACGGUGGAUCUAAAGAUGAUCUCGAGAUGAACAAAUUAUGUAGCGAUCAUAUCGCUUCUCAGGUAGACUUACACUGGAAAUUCAGCAGUCCAAAUCGCGAAGGAUAUGCGAAAGUGAACGGUUUAACUUUAUCAACCAAUAUGUUAGAUAUCGUCAGGAUAUCGCCCAUUAAUUGGGAAAUAUCGCUCAAUAAGAAUGUUAUUAAAAAUUCAGAAUCGGCGACGCAUCCAGUCGGUGAAAUAUUACAGCUGGGUAUUUGGGUACAUAAUUCUCUUUCGUGGCCAUUAGUUGAUAUCAUGUUGCAGUUGUAUUUUUUCCAAGAUUACCAAAAUGGAACUAUUAAUCAACAGCUAAGCGCUUGUUUGGCCACCAUAGGAGCUACCGAAGUUAAUUUACCAAAAAUUGUUGAAAAUGGUAGCAUCUAUCACGAAUGUAAUGUGGUGUUUUUCAAUCCGGGCCAUUUUAAGCUGAAUGUUCAGUGUUGUUCUUUAGACAAAUAUACGUGGAAACUGAUUCCGCCCGUUGAAAUCAACGUCGUCGACGUUUAACCAGUAUAUAAUUAUGUUUUCAAUAUCGCUGUGAUCUUUAUGUUAAUUAUCAUUCGCAAUUUAUUUAUUCGCCUAAUCUUUUAUACUUAUCUUUAUGUCUUGUUUUGUGUACUGUAUUUUGAUUUUAUCAAACAGAAAAUAUAUGGUUUAUUUAUUUAUUCGUUUAAUA